ACUCCGGGUCUGCGCUCCUGCGUCCUGGAGCAGCCCCGGGCGAUAGCAGCGCGGCGGUUGAUUUAACAGGCGGCGGCGAGGCGUUUGGAGUUGGCUCAGCAUGUGGUGCGGGAGCCCAGCCGCAGUGGUGGCCUUUUGCGCCGGGCUUUGGGUCUCUAACCCGGGGCGGGCGCAGGGCCAGGAGGCCGGGGGGCGGCUGGGCGCCGACUGUGAAGUGUGUCAAGAAUUCUUGAACCGAUUCUACAACUCCUUGAUAGCCAGAGGAGUCAACUUUUCUCUGGACACCAUAGAAAAAGAAUUGAUCAGCUUUUGCUUGGGUGUCAAAGGAAAAGAAAACCGCCUGUGCUACUAUCUAGGAGCAACAAAAGAUGCGGCCACAAAGAUCCUAAGUGAGGUCACUCGCCCAAUGAGCGUGCACAUGCCUGCAGUGAAGAUUUGCGAGAAGCUGAAGAAGAUGGACAGUCAGAUCUGUGAGCUGAAAUAUGAAAAAAAAUUGGAUUUGGCAUCAGUGGACCUGUCCAAGAUGAGAGUUGCAGAGCUGAAACAGAUACUGUACAGCUGGGGAGAAGAGUGCAGGGCCUGUGCGGAAAAAACCGACUAUGUGAAUCUCAUCAAAGAACUGGCACCCAAGUACACAGCGACGUACCCCAAAACAGAACUCUGACCCCCAGAAGCUGGUGCACCACUGAUUGUGAUUAGAGACAAAAUGCCUCUCUAGGAUACGGACGCGUUUGUUGAGAGGAACCAGGAAUUGCAGUGUGUGUGGUCUCAGACUUCUUGUUUUGAUAUUACACCUCAGAAUUGGUUACCUGGGUUUAUAAGUAGAACGGCUAGUAUUAGUGGUUUCUUAAAUCUGCAGUGUACCAAAACCUACGAGUGCCUUUCUCAUGAUUUUCUUGUAUGUGAGUUACCAUUGCCUAUCUCCUAAAACGGGGAAAAGUGAACCACUGAAAAAUCGGUGUAGGAAAUUGAUUCUAAGCAGGAAGAGAGUGCUCAGAGGUUCCUAUCUAUGCACUAAUUUUUUUUUUUUUUUUUUUUGCGGUACGCGGGCCUCUCACUGUUGUGGCCUUUCCU